AUGCUGAAUCCAUACUAUGUACAUGAAAACGAAUAUGAUUCAAAAUCAACGAAUGAAGUAUACAAGGAUGCCGAAAAUCCGAAUAAAAAAUUACGUGACGGUAUCGAAGAGAAUACUCGUAUGACAGCCAAUGAUUGGAAUAAACGAUGGGAAUCGAGCACUUAUAGUCGAUGGCAAUUAAAAGAUACUCAUCAAUUUCUCAUAAAGCAUGCACACAAGUUUCGUAAUUGGUCACCUUCGAAGCGUAUUCUCGUUCCAUUAAGUGGUAAAUCAGUUGAUUUAUUUUGGUUAGCUGAACAGGGUUUAAAUGUCAUCGGUAUCGAAGGUAGUGAUCGUGCCAUACAAGAACUGAUGUUAGCACAAGAAGUGGAUAAUUAUUCAUAUAGAAAACUCAAUGAUAGCAUAUCAGAAUAUUCGACAUUAGAUGGACAAAUUAUCAUUUAUAAAGCUGAUUUAUUUUCGUCAGAUUUGACACAAGAUUUUAUUGGUGGACCUGUUGAUUACAUUUGGGAUCGUGCCGCUAUCGUUGCUUUACAUUGGGAUGAUCAUGAACGAUAUUUAACAAAGUUAUUCUCAUUAAUGAAACAGCCGUCAACUUCUGUUGAAAAGACAGGAUAUGAUUUAUUAUUUGGAUGCUAUUGGCAUGAUCAACAUCGCGGUCCACCAUUUGCUGUUGACCAAGACUAUUUAGCAAAGCUAUUGCAUAAAAUCGAGUCAAAAAUUGAAAAAGUGGAUUUAUUAGAUGAUGUGAAUGCAUUCUAUUCGGGAUGGGAGAAUGGUGGAUUCACAAUAAUGAGAGAACUAUGUUUUGGUGUUAAUAGGAACACCUAA